AUGAAGCCCGUACGGACCUUGCUCUCUCUUCUGCCUUUGGCCUCGCUGGCGGUCUCGGGAGUCGUACCAGCCCAGGUCGCGAAUCUAGAGAAGCGAGAUGACUCGGUCGACACCAAGUACUUCCACGAGCCGGGAGGAGACAACGAGCACGGCCACUAUGACAUCCGGUACUUCAAAGGCCUGGUGCCCUACGACGAGCACCGCCCGGCCCUGCGCCACCUGAUCCGGUCCUAUCUGACGACGCUGCGCAAGCUCAACGUCGAGACGUGGCUGGCGCACGGCACCCUGCUGGGCUGGUGGUGGAACGGCCGCAUCAUGCCCUGGGACUACGACCUGGACGUCCAGGUGUCCACGGCGUCCCUGUACUACCUGGGCAAGCACCACAACCGGACGACGCACGAGUACACCUUCCGAGACGAGACGGGCGAGACGGCAACCAAGACGUAUCUGCUCGACGUCAACCCCCACCACGCGGAGAGGGACCGAGGCGACGGGCAGAACGUCAUCGACGCCCGCUGGAUCGACGUCAGCAACGGCAUGUUUGUCGACAUCACGGGCCUGGCCGAGCGCAACCCGAGCUCCGACCCGGGCCUGUGGAGCUGCAAGAACUACCACCGCUACCGCACCACCGACCUCUACCCCAUGCGCGAGUCCGAGUUCGAGGGCGUCCCUGCCACCAUCCCCUACAGCUUUGACCGCAUUCUCACCGAGGAGUAUGGGACCAAGAGUCUCGUAACCACGGUCUGGGAAGGACACCAGUGGCAGGCUGAUAUCAAGGAAUGGGUCAAAAUACCCGAGCCGCCACCGCAGGAGGGCCAGGAGCAGCAUCCGGAAGGACAACAAGAUCAACAGGGGCAGUAA